UCUGGAGUGGACCACCAGCAUAAAGGAUGGAUUAUGUCACUCACAGGAAUGAUCAGUUCCAUCAAGAGCCCUGGUCAGGCCUCAGCAGAUCCAACAGCAUGGCCAGACCCAGCAGCAAAACCAUUUACCAACAACGGAAAGAAUACUCCCAGACUAUGGCUUCGGAACCCAUCGUCCUAAAGCAACGAGUGGAGCACCUACUGACCUGUAAGCUGGGCUCAGGAAGUGUCCAGGAGCCUAAGGAUGUCAUCAAGAAGCUUCAGAUGAUGGAUGCCCAAGGACAAGUAUGGGGCCAAGAUGUGGUCCUGCAGGUCAAAGACCACUGGCUCCAAAUUCUGGAUAUUGAGACCAGAGAAGAGAUGGAUUCCUACCCCUUGGAUGGUAUCCAAUCCCUGGAUGCUGUAUUAAAUAGCUGUUCCUACAAUUCAGUUCUUCUGGUCAUACUUCAAGAGCUGGGCCAGUCUUUGACUAGUGUUCUGCUAUUCCAGUGCUGGGAAGUUGGGGCUGAGAUCCUGAAGAGUAACCUACAGAAGGCUAUUGAUGAACUAAAAAAGAGACAAGAACCAAGAUCCAGAUUUGGGGGUAGCCAACCCAGUCAGACUAGGUGGGAGGCAGAUCCCCCAGAGAACUAUCUUCGGAACCCCAUCAAGCACAGAGUCCCCCCCUCAAGCCAGUCUAGUACCCUGGAACCUCAGAGAUUUGACCAGUUUCAGGCACAACCUGAGCCCACUCUGGACCUGGAGAGAGACAUGGUAAACACGGCCAGCUUUAACCUGGUUCCCUCCAACUUCAGGCACACUGAGGAACUGAACAACACCCUGAGUGAAAUUGAGCUGUUGGUGCAGAGGGCAAAGGAACCCCAGAAAAAUAACACGAAGAAGAAGAUUUUGGGGAGGAAGAAGACCCCAAAAGGGCUUCCCUCAGAAUCUCAAAACAUAGAGUGCUUCCAGAUGAUCAAGCACGCAUUCAAUCUACUGGGGAAGCUGGACGUCCAUCUACAGGAUCCAGGUGCCCCUCAAUUUGUACACAGUCUCUUCUCAGCUUUGAACCUGAUGAUGUCCUACUGCCCCAAUCCUCAUUUGGCAGCGUCGGUAGAUGUUCCCCGGUUAAGCCCCCAGGCCAUCGCCUUGAUGGAGUCUUGUGUGACACCAAAUGAAAUGGAUUUCUGGCAAAGUCUAGGAGAGUUCUGGACCAAUAGCACGGGUUAUGGGGCAGACCUAGAGUCCACAAAUCCUACACACACACCCAGAUUCUACGGGCAAUCUGAACCUUCAGGGUACUCCGAGGUCAACUCAGCCAAGGACCAGGAUCCCAGGUACCCCAGACUCCUCCCUGCCCUUUUCUUGAGUCCCAGGAUUAUGUGUAAGGGGGUGGGAAGAAGAAUGAGGCCAGGGAAGAGUCACCUGAAAGGCGCCAUGAGGCUCCCAGGUACUGAGAAGACUAAGUGGGCUGGGGGCCAGAUGUCAGAGGUCCCAUUCCCCUUUCCCAUCAUCCUCACCCUAGAGGCCUCAGAACUCUCCCUGACUCUCCAUCCCCACAGUCCCAGCCCAGUCCCGAAGCCUCUCCUAAUGCAAGUCCAGUAUGAGUUUGAAAGCAGGAAUCCACGGGAGCUGACAGUGGUCCAGGGUGAGGUGCUGGAGAUUCUUGACAACAGCAAACAGUGGUGGCUGGUGAAAAAUGAAGCCGGGCAAAGAGGUUACAUCCCCAACAACAUCCUAGAGCCCCUUCCAGGCCCAAAAAGGAACAGGGGCCGCGCUGGCUCUCCAAUUCGGGGUCCCAUGCUGCGGCCCACCUCCAAGCCACAGGAGGUGAGGGCUUGGCUGGAGGCAGAAAACUUCUCUAGCAUCACGGUUAAGACCUUGGGAAUGCUAACAGGAAGCCAACUCCUGCACAUGAAACCUCGGGAGCUGCAGCUGGUGUGUCCAGAGGAUGCCCCUCAAAUCCUGGCCCGGCUGGAGGAAGUGAAGAUGGUGCUAGGGAUGGGCCCUUAGGCUCCACCCAGGACAGCCCAGGAUGAAGGGUUUCCUCAAGCAAGACAACAAAUGUUCUGUGUGUUUGGACUCCCCACCCUCCCACAUUUGGCUCUUCAUUCUAAGCUCCUUUCUAAACCCCAGUUCCCCUUCCAGGAUGCUACUCUCUGCCAAGCUUCAUGUCCUGGCCUACAUCACUUUUUUCUGAGGUGAAAUGAGAAUAUGGGCAGUGAUGGGGAGGGAGGAAGGGGGAAGGGGCUGAAACAGAAAGUUAGCAAGAUGAUGCUUGUGCUACCCAUUCAUGGCUAUCUGGAGCCAUCCCCAAAUCCUGAGUAUUUAU